AUGGCCAGGCUCAAUGAAGUGCCGGUGCCGACAGAGAGCCUCGAAACGCUUCGCAAGAAGAUGCUUCGCCAGAAUAGGGAACUCGCAAAGACAAACAACAUACGGGCUCUUCGCAUCCGAGAGCUGGAGAACGAAUGCGCCUGUAUGCUCUCCGAGAAUCUCGAGCUCCGCAGUCGCAUCCUGGAACUGGAGAAGCAAGUCGAGGACAACGAGGCGCGGAGGAUAGCGGACCACGCGAUGGCCAUCAAGGCCAAGCUGGAAUCGCAACUCACGGAAUGGGGCACCCUUAUUGCUGGAUUGGGCCUGGAGCCACCCGCGAAGAGACACUCUCCCAUGAUUAAGCGGAGGGCAAAGCAAACCAUGAGCUUCAGUGCGAGUCGACCCAGUCCUUCCCAGAGGCGGCUGCGUGAUAUUGCGAGAGACAUUGAAGAACUGGGCCCCAUUGCCGAAGCUAGGAGCAAUCCUCGGAGGUCAAUGAAUCCCGAGCAGAUUAUGGCACUCCGGUCAGAAGCCAAUGCAGAGGCCGAGUCGCCCGAACUGGGUCCUCCACCAAUGUCCAAAUACAUUGAGGAAGAUCCAAUCAAGGUUGAUUCUCCAAGCAGAUCAAGGCCUGUCGAGUCCAGCGAUGACGCCUUAACGAGCAGCGCGAAAACUAAGAGGCUGGAGCCACCAAUUGCCAGGACUACUGUCGAGACUGCACCAGUUCAGCCCAUUAAGGCCGGGUCAAAACGGAAAUUUGGGGCUCGAGACGACAGUGAAAAUAUCGAGCCCCAAAAGACGACGGAUGAGAACAGCCUCGACAGGAUACCGGCUGGAAAGCGACUGCUUCAUGACAAGGGUGAUGCCGCGAGGGAUUUUGCUAAAAUGAGGAAGAAAUCGCAGUUGGAGCUUUCAGAAAACGUUCGAAAGCCGUUGGCAGCCAAGAGUACAAACGACGACAUCAUCAACUCUCCAAAGAAACUUUUGAAGACGAAGCCGUCAGUGGGCGACGAGAUAGCAACAGCGAAGCUCAAUGCAGCGACGAAACCGAAGGCGCCAGUCGGUCGACCCAGACUAAAGCCGAAGAACCCCUUGCCCGCCGCGGCUGAGCCCGUUCCCAUUCUCACGAUUGAGCCUCAAGAGACGACAGUUGAGAUAUGUGACUUGGCAGCGCCUAUCAGAGAACCAGCGCUAUUAAUGCCGAGCUCUCCAGUGGCCACUGAAGGGCCGGAGGGAUCUCGAGUUGGGGACACGCCUCCCCCUGCUGAUAUCUCGUCCAAUGGGGAAACAUCGCGGCCUAGUAGGAGGAAUCGGACGACGAUCAGCUAUACCGAGCCCAACCUAAGAGCCAAAAUGAGACGGCCUACCAAGGAGUUAUUCGAUGCCGUGACAGGAGAGGGCAAAUACGCUCGACGCGCCAGCACUUACGAUCCUGCCAUGCCUGAGUCGGCCAAGAGCAGACGAGAGACGGCCAUCUCCGACAUUGCGGGGCUUGCAGAAGCAGGCAAUGGUCCAGCCAGCCCUCUUGCGACGAAGGAUUUGAACACAGACCUCAUUCUAAGCGGCGUCGUUACAGAGCGGCGAAAACGCUCGUCGAGCAUAGCAUCGAAGGCGGUGGGAAUGGCGGGCGGCGGCCUAAUGGACGUGGAUUCCUCCGAGAGCACCAAGGAUUCUAGCAUCACCCUUGACAGCAGUGGCUUGGCAGAGGGUGAUGUUUAUGAGUUUACGAGCGAGUCACCGCCGCCUCCACCUGCGAAGGAAGAAGUCAAAGUGCCAAAGAAGAGAGGUCGAAGAAGGACCACUACCUCAAGACAAUCGGUGAUGGCUGACGACGAUGAUUACGAAGAAGAGGGACUGUCAGCCAGAGAGAGGAUGAGCUCCAGACGGAGAAGCAUGAUGAUAUGA